AUGGACAGCCACCCCAACACGAACAGCCUGAACAGCCAAUAUAUGGUCCUAUAUCCCAUCGGCCACGGUGCAUUUGGCUCUGUUCAACUGGCCUACCAUCGCCUCACAGGCAUCCCGGUGGCAGUAAAAGUGAUAGAAAACCUUGAGGAGGACCUCCGGUUCAUCUUAUCUGAGAUGGUGGCUCUCGAUAAACUGCACCACCCCAACAUCAUUCGCCUCUUCCAGGUGCUGGUAACACCAGAGCAAGUCUGCUUCAUCACAGAGUUUGCCCCAGGAGGAGACUUGUUCCAAAGAGUGAUGGAGGAGGGCAGGCUGCAGGAGGAAGAGGCACAGAAAAUAUUCGGGCAGAUCCUGUCAGCCAUCAAGUAUUGCCAUGACCUUGACAUCGUCCAUCGAGACCUGAAGCCCGAAAAUAUCCUCCUAGACGAAGAGGGAAACGUGAAGCUGGCAGACUUUGGUCUCGCCACCAAGUAUAGAGCAGGAACUCUACUGCAAAGGCAAUGUGGGACCAAGACCUUCAAUGCCCCAGAACAGGUACUGGGAUUGGGCUAUGAUGGGAAGAAGACGGAUGUGUGGAGUCUGGGUGUGCUGCUCUACUUCAUCACUACCGGGAACCACCCCUUCCAAGGAGACACCAUGGAAGAGAUCCAGGGGAAGAUCGUCACAGGCAAGUAUGACAUUCCAGCUCACGUCUCUGGGCAACUGGAAAAUUUAAUUCAUCUAAUGUUGACAGUUGCCCCAGAGAGGAGGCCCUCCAUUGAAGUCCUUCAGCAACAUCCAUGGAUAAUAAAGUAUAAAGAAAAUAUCCCGAGUGAAACCUUUGUAGAUCCAAAGGUCCUAGACACACUCUCUGACCUUGGCUUCAAUAAAAAUGCUGUUUUGGAAUCCCUCCAAAAAAACAAAUAUGAUCAAUUUAUGGGGACAUACCUCAUUGUCAGAGAACAGGCACGCAAGGGGCUGCCGCUUGCGCUCGGCUGCACCACCUCAGUCAAGCCUGUGGAUGCUGGAGCUGCUCCUCCUGCGUCCCUAGCAUAUCCCUCUGUCUCUGGUCUUCCCCAAAAACGGAGGGCCAGUGAGCCCAUCUUUGGCCUCCACACGCAGCCCUCACAACAGCACCUGCCUGUUGUACCAACAGCACCAGCACAGAAGGUGGCAAGAAGUGCCUCCAUGCCUGUACAUUGUCCCCAGAACAAGAGCCCCACUAUUAGCUCUGCCACCCCAUCCAGAGGCGAGACUUCUCCAAGUGUCUGCAGCAGCAUAUCAGAAGAGGAAACCCUCCCAUCCCCUGGGACUGACUCUGACAUGGAAAAUGAACUGAACCCUCAGAACAUCCGGUGCUUCCAGAGACUGUGCAGGAGAAUCAGGGCUUGCCUCUCAAGAUUAUGCUGA